AUCCCGCCCCCCCCCACCGACAACUGCCGCCCCACCCCCAUCUCCGGCUCCGUUUCCAGCGGGAAGGGGAGGAGGUGUGGCCCAAAGGGGACGGCUGGGGGAGGGGGAGUGGCGGGGUUGGCGGCUCAUGUAAGGGGGAGGUUGAGGGGGUGGGUGAUCCAUCUGCAGCUACUGCCGCCACACCUCCCCCUCUCUCUCUCCGCCACUGCUGGAUCAGGGGCAUCAGCCGCCUCCUCCUCUCAUCCCCUGCCCCGUUCCUCCCGUAUUGCCCGUACUUCCCCGUGCUUGCCCCGUGCCCGUGCCCGUGCUGUCUGCCCCGAGUUCCCCGUGCUUGCCCCGUGCCCAUGCCCGUGCUGUCCGCUCGUGUUCCACGUGCCCGUGCUGUCCGUACCCGGUUGUGCCCCACCCGUUUCACCCAUGCUGUCCGUACCCGGUUGUGCCCCACCCGUUUCACCCGUGCGUCCCGUGCUUCCCGUGCUGCCCCCGUGCUCCUGUGCUGCCCCCGUGCUCCCGUGCUGCCCCCCGUGUUCCCGUGCUGCUCCCGUGCUGUCCCCGUGUUCCCGUGCUGUCCCCGUGUUCCCGUGCUGUCCCCGUGUUCCCGUGCUGUCCCCAUGUUCCCGUGCUGCUCCCGUGCUGUCCCCGUGUUCCCGUGCUGUCCCCGUGUUCCCGUGCUGCCCCCGUGUUCCCAUGCUGCCCCCAUGCUGCCCCGUUCUGCCUGUGUCGUGCCCGUUUCCGUGCCGUGUUGCCCCAUUCAGCCCUUGUCCUGCCCCGUUCUGCCUGUGCUGCCCCGUUGUCCCCGUGUUGCCCCGUUCUGCCCGUGUUGCCCCGUUCAGCCCGUGUCCUGCCCCGCUCUGCCCGUGUUGCCCCGUUCUGCCCGUGUUGCCCCGUUCAGCCCGUGUCCUGCCCCGUUCAGCCCGUGUCCUGCCCCGUUCAGCCCGUGUCCUGCCCCGCUCUGCCCGUGUUGCCCCGUUCAGCCCGUGUCCUGCCCCGUUCUGCCCGUGCUGCCCCGUUCUGCUCGUUUGUGCCCUACCCGUGCUGUCCGUACCCGUUCGUGCCCCACCCGUGCUGUCAGUUCUCGCUCGUGCCCCACCCGGUCUGUGCUGCCCGGUCUCGUGCUGCCCGUCACCCCCGUACGGCCCGUCCCGUACAGCACCUAG